AUGAAGCGGCGCAAUGCGGACUGCAGCAAACUCCGACGGCCGUUAAAACGGAACCGAAUCCCCGAGGGUAUAUAUAGCAGCACAUUCCUGUACCUGAAGUUCCUGGUGGUGUGGGUGUUAGUUCUGCUGGCCGACUUCGUGCUGGAGUUCAGGUUUGAGUACCUGUGGCCCUUCUGGCUUUUCAUACGAAGUGUCUACGACUCCUUCAGAUAUCAGGGACUGGCGUUCUCUGUCUUCUUCGUAUGUGUGGCGUUUACGUCAGACAUCAUCUGCCUCCUUUUCAUCCCCGUCCAAUGGCUGUUUUUCGCUGCCAGCACCUACGUAUGGGUCCAGUAUGUCUGGCACACAGAGAGAGGAGUCUGUCUACCCACUGUGUCGCUGUGGAUCCUAUUUGUGUACAUCGAGGCUGCCAUACGGUUCAAAGAUCUGAAGAACUUUCAUGUAGACCUUUGUCGACCCUUUGCUGCUCACUGUAUCGGCUAUCCAGUGGUGACUCUGGGUUUUGGCUUUAAGAGCUACGUAAGCUACAAGAUGCGACUGAGGAAACAGAAGGAAGUGCAAAAGGAGAACGAAUUCUACAUGCAGCUUCUACAGCAGGCUUUACCUCCAGAGCAACAGAUGCUGCAGAGACAAGAGAGGGAGGCAGAAGAGGCAGCUUUAGCUAAAGGGAUCUCAGAGGUAGAGCCCUCAGUAAUAUCGCAAAACGGAGCACCUCCUGGAAAGAAAAGCACCACAGUCCCAUUACCAGAACUGGAGUACCGGGAAAAAGGAAAGGACAGUACUGGAAAAGAACGUGAGGGCAAAAAACAAAACACAGUUGGAAUCAAUAACAACAGUAUUAUACACGCACUGGACUCCAAACUACAGGAAACAGAGUACAUAGAGAACUACGCCGGGGCAAAGAGACUGAAUAACGACCUGGCAGGAGAAAACACACACGCCGAAACCAACACACACUCUACUUCUAAAGAGGAAAUGGGGGGCAAGAACUACAAAAACGCCAGCGGAGGCGGGGGCAACAUUUCCAACUUGUCUCCGCGGAAUCACAGCUCUUCAAAUGGCAGCGUGCCGCCAGGUUCCUCAACCAGUAAGAGUGAGAAGAAGCAAAAGGGGGCAGGGAAGGGGCAGAAGGACCCAGUGGAGAACUGCAUCCCCAACAACCAGCUGGGCAAGCCCGAUGCUCUCGUACGGCUGGAGCAGGAUGUAAAGCGUCUCAAGGCAGAUCUUCAGGCCAACAGGCAGUUGGAGUCAGAACUGCGUAGUCAGCUUUCCUCUCUGAGCAGCCAGGACCGCAGCCUUCGCUCAGAGCUUGGCCAGCUCCGCCAGGACAACGAGCUGCUACAGAACAAGCUCCACAGUGCCGUCCAGGCCAAGCAGAAAGAUAAGCAGACCAUCUCCCAGCUGGAGAAGAGGCUAAAGGCUGAGCAGGAGGCCCGUGCCCUCGCUGAGAAACAGCUGGCUGAGGAGAGAAAGAGGAAGAAGAUGGAAGAGGCCACUGCUGCCAGAGCGGUAGCAUUAGCUGCUGCAACCAGAGUGGAGUCCACUGACUCUCUGCGUGGUCGCAUCAGAGAGCUGGAGACAGAGUGUAAGAAGCUCAGCAUGGACAUGAAACUUAAGGAGGAGCAGAUAAGGGAUCUGGAGGGCAAGUGUCAGGAGCUGCGGAAGUAUAAAGAGAAUGAGAAGGACACAGAGGUGUUGAUGUCAGCACUGUCAGCCAUGCAGGAGAAGACCCAGCACCUGGAGAACAGCCUGAGUGCUGAGACCAGGAUCAAACUGGACCUCUUCUCUGCACUGGGGGACGCCAAGAGACAGCUGGAGAUAGCACAAGGCCAGAUCCACCAGAGGGAGCAGGAGAUCGCAGAGCUGAAGCAGAAGAUAGCAGAGGUGAUGGCGGUGAUGCCCAGCCUGUCCUACUCCUCGGACGGCAGCAACCUCAGCCCUGUCACCCCGCACUACUCCUCCAAGUUCAUGGACAAUAGUCCCUCGUCCUUGGACCCCAACGCCUCAGUCUACCAGCCCCUCAAAAAGUGACUGUGACACCCACACUUUUGUCAGACAGAACUUUGUUUAUUUCUUUAUCUUGGUGAAGCUCUCAGUUUCAGUUUUGGGUUAUUUUUGGUUUUGAUUUGUUUACCAGCCCCCGACAGUUUUUGCACUCUAACAGACACAUAAUGACACACACAGUGCACACAACCCCUCCUUACAUGUGCUUAUUUGGCUCCCUUUUUUUGGUUCUAUUAUGAGAACUAUUAUUUUGAUGGGGUUGUGUACAAUAUGAGUUCCUUAUUUUUUGAUGUUGAGUUUUGGGAUUUAGCCAUUAGACAGAGUGAUCUGUUUGAAGGGGGAGAAAGGAACACACAGUUUGUCGGCCCAGCGUCUACAGAAGAGCCAUCGUGCAUCGCUUCGUGUUAGUCUUCUUUUGGUGUCAGUAUGAGCUCCCCUCACAGCCAUAUUUUCUUCUCUAGUGAACUGAUACCCAGACUUUUCUUUUCAAAUACAAUUGGCUUUCUUUUUCGUGAUGGUUAAUAUCAAGGCAAGAAGACGUGUUUUCAGUUCAGAUCGGAGUCUGAAUCUCACCUGUAAAGUAAAGCCCUGUGAGAGAUAUGUGAAUGUAAAACUGUUCAUGUUUUGCUAUCACCAUUAACUUAAAUCAGUGAUUGUUUGUUUUGUAAUGUUUCAGUUUGGUUAUGACAAUGUGAUAUUGGACAGUUAGUUUGCUGUUUUCUUCGGAUAUUCCAAUACGAUUUGUUCUCUUAGUGCUGGAACAGUAAAGUCUCCAGGAUUAUCAGUAAGUGAAUGAAGCAGAUGUAUUGCCGUCCUCAAAAAAAAAAAAAAAUUCCACUGCUAGAUUUGACCUGGCACUGCCAAAAUAUCGCAUUAACGUCCACCUGUUUGCUGCAGACGCCUCUCCUCUCCCUAUGGACCAAAUUAGAACCCAUUAGGACAUAUCGUUCACUGGAUUUAAUGAUGUCGAGGUAACCGGUCGUUACCAUUAUUUGCAGAUUUUACAGUGCCUUGCAGUUUGUCUUUUUAAGAUGCAAAAACCACAUACUCUGCAAUCCUUGGAUCUAAAAGCAUCAAGCCUCAAAGCCGCGUUUCUCUCUCCAAUGCUGAUUUACCUGGUUUUCCUUCAAGAUUUCUCACAUUCUUACAACAUUUCAGUAUUCAAAGACCGAACAGUGUCACCAUAGACACAUUCAGUGUUUAUUUUUCCAACAAAUUGUUCACAAUUUUUGCAGACUUAAAAAGGGAAUACAUUACACUGGACAUGGUGCAUGUCAUUUCAUGGUGACACAGUCUUGGUAUGCCAAACACCAACCAAACUGAUUGUCUAUUAUCGUGCCCGACAGUUGGCAUUUAGUUGUUUACAACAAUGUACAUUAACAUACUGAGGAAUGUUUUCUUUGUUUAUUUCAUUUCAGUUCUUAAGUGCCAAGUGUUGAUGUUCAGUUUCCAUCCAUACUUUGGUCGAUGUAGCUAGCAUAAUGUUUGCAGACGAGGAGUGCUGUUGUUUUCUUUCCCGUCAUUAGAACGUAUUCAGGCGGUGUUGUGUUUACAAGGUUCUGAGCUGAUCAUCACGAGGCAGCAGUUGGUCAGUUGGACUGAUUGUGUUAAUUCACACAUUUAAUUUAUUUGUUACAGACUUUUGUUGAGUGGCAUCUCCUUGAUAUUUCCCAUCAUGUUCAGUUGAUUUCCUAUAUUUUCUACCAGGAAGGAUUCUGUGAAUGUGUUGUGUUGGGAAAAGGUUACCCCCAAACCAUUUGACCAUGUCGUGCUGUCAUGUUGCCUACCUGGGGAAAAAAAAAAAAAAAGUAUUUUUCGUGGAUCGCUCUGGUGUUGUGAAUUCAAUUCUCAAGUUGCUUUUCUAAGUUUGUGUAGAAGGAAGAAGGUUUUAAAAAAAAAGUGCUUUGUUUUAUCUUUUCAUUGUUCCACUAUGUUUAUUUUCUUGAACCAAAGUGAUGGUGGCUGUGUCACACUGUUCACUUUGGCCAUCACUAUUAAAGAAAGUCUUGCUGGUGGCAAUGCAAGCUGUUAAGUCUG